AGUUAUACAUAUAUUUAUAUAUCAUAUUUAUAAAUAAACCCUCGUACUAUUAAUAUUUACACACAUUUCUCUCAAGUUCGGUAAUACAUUACUGAUUACUCUGUAGAAGCAAGUCUCUCUCUCUUGUUUCUCUCUCUAAGUUCAAACUGCUUCACAAAGAAAGAAAUGUUGAGAAGGGCGCUGCUCCAAGCUUCCACACGCGGUCUCUUCUCGUCUUCUCCACUGUCACUCGCAUCUCUGCGGCAAUGCUCUUCGUCUUCUUCCUCACACAAUUCUCAAAUUUCAAACGAUCAUUUCGUCGAACACUUGGACGACACACCUCAACCACCAGCCACCGCCACCAUCUCCAUCGAUCGCUCCUCCUUGUACCACCCUCCCGAGCAUUCACACGAAUCGUCUGCUGAUUCUGAGCUCGUUAAGCACCUCAAGAACAUCAUCAAGUUCAGAGGGGGGCCAAUUACAGUUGCUGAGUAUAUGGAAGAGGUCUUAACGAAUCCGAAAGAUGGGUUUUAUAUGAAUCGAGAUGUCUUUGGAGCCGGGGGCGACUUUAUUACCUCCCCGGAAGUGAGCCAAAUGUUUGGAGAGAUGGUUGGCAUUUGGGCAAUGUGCCUUUGGGAGCAAAUGGGACAACCAAAAAGAGUUAACUUAGUCGAACUCGGACCAGGCAGAGGAACUCUUUUGGCUGAUCUUUUGCGCGGUGCAUCGAAAAUCAAGAACUUCACAGAAUCGUUGGAAAUACAUAUGGUUGAAGUUAGCCCGGCAUUACAGAAACUCCAGUAUCAAAACUUGAAAUGCGUGACUGAAGACGGUGGCGAUGGAAAUGCAAAUAAAAGGUGUGUUAGCACAUUAGCUGGCACACCUGUAUCAUGGCAUGCAACUCUCGAACAGGUUCCAACUGGAUUGCCUACAAUCAUCAUUGCGCACGAGUUCUAUGAUGCUUUGCCGGUGCACCAAUUUCAGAAAGCUUCUCGUGGUUGGUCUGAGAAGAUGGUUGACCUUACUGAAAAUUCAUCGUUUCGUUUUGUUCUAUCUCCCCAGCCCACACCAGCAAGUCUCUAUCUCAUGAAACGCUGCAAAUGGGCUGAGACUGAAGAACUCGCUAAAGUUAGUCAUAUUGAAGUUUGCCCAAAGGCGAUCGAUUUAACUCAAGAAAUUGCUAAUAGAAUCGGCAUUGAUGGUGGAGGGGCUCUCGUAAUUGAUUAUGGCCUCAAUGGAAUAGUGUCGGAUAGUCUGCAGGCAAUUAGGAAGCACAAGUUUGUGGACAUACUGGAUAAUCCCGGAUCUGCUGAUCUCAGCGCUUAUGUUGAUUUUGCUGCAAUUAAGCAUUCCGCUGAAGAAGUUUCAGAGGAUGUGUCCGUACAUGGUCCAAUGACUCAAUCGCAGUUUCUUGGUUCACUUGGAAUUAACUUCCGAGUUGAAGCAUUGUUGGAAAAGUGCAAUGAAGAACAAGCGGAAUCUCUGAGAACGGGAUAUUGGCGUCUGGUUGGUGAUGGUGAAGCCCCGUUUUGGGAGGGCCCCGAUGAACAGGCUCCCGUUGGUAUGGGGACUCGCUAUUUGGCCAUGUCUAUUGUCAACAAGAAGCAAGGUGUUCCUGUUCCUUUCUAACAUAACAAUUAAUUAAUUAAUUAAUUAGUUAAUUAAUUGCAACUGUUGGAAUGUACAACAGUUUUCAGUACCAGAGUGAGUUUUUUUUUUCUUUUUUUUUUUUAAUUAACGUUUUUUUUAAAGAAAAAUAAGUCAGUGUUUGUUGUUGAAAGGAGUACCUCCUUCUUCGUGAUUAUUUAUUUAGGGUAAAUUACAACCACCUUCCUGAGGUAAAGUGUAUUACAAAAAAACCCUUUUUGUUUGACCAAUUACAUCCAACUCCUUGCAAUUUGUAAAUUUCUUACAUUCAUCACCCUACAAAAGGGUGUUAACGUAAGGAAUUUACAAAUUUAAAGGGGAUAGAUGUAAUUAUUGGAAACUGAGGGGUUUUUUUGUAAAUAGACAUUACUUUAGGGGGCGGUUGUAAUUUACCCUAUUUAUUUAUGCCAGCAACAUCGAAAUAUCAGAAUAUAUUAUUUAAUCACAAUCCAUAAAAUGGACUUGGAGAUGUUGAUGCACUCGAUGAAGGUAGUUCUAAUUAUAUACA